UGCACAGUUCGUCACGCUCUUUGCUAUCAACACUGUCCUUCAUCUCUUCCAAAGCCGGAAGUUCCGCAUGUGGUGGUUAAUUCCUACCGUCGUCCUAGCUGACGUACUGGAAAUUCUUGGAUGGUCAGCUCGGCUCUGGUCGAGUAUCAGUCCGACUCUGCUUACCCCUUUCGAAAUCCAAUUGGUCGGAACCAUUCUCGCGCCUACACCAUUCCUCGCGGCAAAUUUCCUUGUUCUAGGAAAAAUUAUUAUUCAAUUAGGACCUCAGUACAGCCGGUUAUCUCCAAAACUCUAUGCUCUUAUUUUUUGUAUACUCGAUGUGAUAUGUCUUAUCAUCCAAGCCGUCGGCGGCGCAUAUGCAGCAAAUGAAGUUAACCAGGGCCAGAACCCCGACAACGGAGGCAACAUCAUGCUGGUCGGUGUGACUAUUCAAUCAUGUAGGCAAAAUCUGCGCCUCAUUCCCUGGAUACUGAUACUGAUUCCGUUCAAGGCGCGAUGGCCCUUUACGUUCUUUGUGCCUGGAGAAUUUCUCCUACGCUUCUUAAAUGAUACCCCUGUUCGCAAGAAUUCGAUGCCCGUCUCUGACGAGAAACGUUGUGCCAAAAUCGUGGAAUGGCACAUCGUCAAAUGGUUGAUCCUCGGUCUCGUUAUCCAGAUGUUUUGUCUUAUCGUCCGCUCUGCCUAUCGUACAGUUGAAUUGUCGAAUGGCUGGUCCGGCCCAAUCAUCUCCACUGAAGCGUACUUCAAUGUCUUCGAUGGUCUCAUGAUGGUCAUUGCCGUGUAUACGAUGAACCUUAUCCACCCCGGCCCCUUCCUUGGAACUCUUCCAGAGAAGCCAGGGGUAACUGGUGGUGUUGACUGGCCUCAACACAGUUUGGUUUCCACACGUUGCGCGGCGGAGAGUAGGCGUAUAUACUAAGGCCACCCAUCUCAUGCGGACCUUCCAUUGUUUCUUUUUUUCCUCACAGUUUCCAGUUUCCGUUUUAGUUUUGACUGUGUGUGCUUAGAGUGUAUUGUACACUCAAGUUGGAUGUAGCAGCUUUGUAAUUAUGACGUGCAGUAUAUUACGGCCCUUCCACGUUCGAUACUUGCUUGACACUGGCAGCAUCUAACCCUAUUAUGUAGCCGCG